AUGGCUGAUCCAAUAUCUUCGAUAACUGAUCUGCGGAUAUUUGUCUUCGCACUCGCGAUAUUUCGUGAAAGGACGAAUUUUCUGGCUCCGAGUUUUAUAGCGAAACGUAAUGAGAGUAUUAGAGAAAAGGGUAUACCUUCUAAGGCCAAGGGAAACGAGUCUCCUUGCAUCUCCUCCGCCGGUCCCAGAAAACAUGUUAUCAACUUAAGCCACUUCGAAGCUCUUUCGAAGGCUGAAACGGCUUUACCGAUGGUGGGGAUGGUAAGCUUCCGUUCACCGACCUCCGUCGACUACCAGGAUCAUGGCAGGGAUGUCAAGGCGUGGCGGCGUGGGAACUCUGGCGCUAGCGCGGGUGGUCCUGAUCCACCACAUCCCACUUGUCCCCAAGCACUGAACAAAACCUUACAUCUUAUACCCCCGGUCAGCACGUUAUGGCAUGCGCAUAAUCCCCGCCUUGCUUUUGUCGUGCAACGUCCUCGCAUUUUCUCAACUCCAAUAACCUCUUUGUUGAAAGGCUUACCAAGUCAUCCAAAAAACCAAAGCCGAAAAUCCUCCUGUAACGUCACUUUCGCUGCUCUCAAUCUGAUGUUCAAUCCUAAUUCUUCAUCUCCUACCCCAAACCCAACUUCUCACACUCGACCCUAUAGGAAAAGCUUCACUCUCCCCGCUACUCCUUCAAAGUUGGCUCUUCCAAGGGGUGAAUGUCGAUUUAUAUUGCUCCAUCCAUCUAUUCCUAACCAGCGCUGCUCGUGCCAGGGGUUUCGUCGCAAUGAAUCCUGUCCGGGCACUACUUGUGAAUGUGGCCAUCAGGCAUGCUACCACAUACCUAGUAAUAUGGUAAGCAGUUCCCAAGUAAGUGAGCCUGUCUCACCGCCAGCGCUGGCGGCGCUUCUAGAAAGGGUCUCUCAGCUAGAAGAGCAACAGCGACAUGAUCGAAGCCUUUGGGAGGAGGCAUUGAAGGAGGAAAGACGGGCGCGUCGUGAAGAUGCUAGAGUUCUGAGGGAGGCUAUGCAUUCGUUUUAUAAGUUUAUGGAACGGGAGGUGCCGCAAAAGUUUGCUGCCGUGGACGACAAGACUGAUAGCUUGCUGGAUCAUGUGUCUAGAUUGGAGGAAAGAAUCGGCAUAAUCGAUGAUUCCACGAUGGGGUUGGAAACUAGGGUUUUUGAUCUUGAGGGUGACGAUAGCGAUGGCGAUGACCUUGGUGAUGUACAUGGAAAUGGUGUCGAUACCCUUGAACGGGAGGGCAUGAAAGCAGAAAAGCCUAUAGGGGAAGACGAAAGGAAUCCUAAACGAGCUAGGCGAAAAUGGCAAACGUCUCAUAAAGCUGACAUGGAGCAGCGAAUGAGUUCUUUCAAACUGGACGGCGUCUUCCAGCCAGACGGUAAUUAUCAUUGCCAAACUUCAAUGAUGCCUUCUAAGAGCACUGCUGCUUCACAAUGCCACUUCGUUUCCAUCUCAAAAUCACCGAGAAUACCUUCUUACAGUCCCGCCACGGACUCUGCCUUUCCCCUAGAUCUUAUCAAAGGGCACAGCCCGAGGACUGGAGCUCACACAUAUGUCCACAGGCUAACAUCCCCGUCUGGAGACUUCGUCACCCCUCUCUUAUCGAAACAAGAAAUCCCGCCAUUUAAAACCAUCCAACACGCGACAGCUAUCCACACUGCAAGUGUUCCACUCAUCAAACCACCUCGUCCCCGCUCUGCCUCUGCCAUGCAAAACGUGGUCCGGAGGGACUCAGCGAGUCAGCAGCAAUUCUUCAGAGCAUAUCCUUCGCCUGAGGAAAAGGGCAUUGGGCCGUACUGUGAGCUGCCAAAUCCGCCGCCUGGGAAACGGAAGUUUGAUGCUGAGGGAUAUGAGCCUGAGACACGACAACGGCCAGUGUUUAUCCCAAUGCCACCACCGCUAUCCCUGUCCGCCUCUCAUCUUAAGGCUUGA